AGGUUGUACCCAAAGAUGGUUCAUCGGAACUCAUUUUCUUCAAAAUAUGUCCAGAUAUUAUCACAAAAGACAACAUUCGUUCAAAUAUAUAUGUUUUAUCCAUUGCUGCAUCACCAGUUUCGGCUUUUUAUCACUCUAUACAAAAAGUAUUUUCUCCUGUAUUAUUAAAGAAUGAUGAAUGGAGCCAGCAAUUUGAUCCUAAACUUCAAGAACUCAUAACUCAAUUAGAAUCUGGGUUGCGACUCGUUCUCAAUGGAGAUGAAAUAUCUGCUAAUAAUAAAUCUAAAACGAGCGAAAACACAUCAGGUAUU